UACUGAUUCUGUUUAUAAGUCGAGUAUGUGGUUAGGUCUAUGUAAACAAACAAUCGAAGAAGCAGUAUAAAAGGUAUGGGUUUUUAUUUAUACUUUACAACAUAAACAUAAAGUGCCUAACAAAUUUUGUUAUAGUAAAAAGGAAACUGAUUAGUAUACUUAUUUUGGAGGUUUUACAUAUCAAUUAUUUCACGUAGUAUCUUUAUGACAGAUACGUCCAAUGGAAAAAUCAACUUGUGCCAACUCAUUGUCAAGGCAUAUCAUAAAGGAAUCCGGAUUCUAUGCUCCUGUAAUGAAAACGAAGCAUAAACUUGCUUUAAAGGCCCAUGAGGAGUAUAUGCAAAGGCGGAACGCUGAGAGUCAGCAAAAUGCUCUUCGGUCAAAAUCUGCAGACGUAAAAGGAAACAAGAACAGUCAAAAGAAAUACCAAAUAUCCAAAUCUCAAUCUACCGCAAACGCGAAACAGCAGAAUUUUCGAUCAUCACCUCAUUAUCCUGAAUAUUUUAUGAAACAACCGGAACCAGCAUUGUCUAAUGGAAGCUUUAAACCGAAAUCAUCAAAGCAGAUUAAUUGUGUUUGGUAUCCACCUGCAUAUCCCAUAUCUCACCAAUAUGGGAUUCCCUACCCAUUGGCAUAUUAUUAAAGCGUCAACAAUUUUGAAAAGUUUCAAUUCUAUACCGCUUCCGUUUAGAGUAUAGCGUAAAGCAACCUUGUCUUUUUCUUUUUUUUUUCUUUUUCUAUUAUGUUAGCUUUUUAUGACCUUACAAAAUGUGCAAAAAUCCAUCUUUCUCACGUUGCAAUUGGUGAUGCCAAGUUAUUUCAAUUAUUAUCCUUUUUCUUUACACGGAUUAAUAUGGUUACAGUGCAUAGAAUGCUUAUACUCCUUCGGCAUUAUGUUUUCUGUUUUGUAUACUAAAUUCUAGAUAGUACUAAUUAAUAAAGCACAUUCAAUUAACGUAAUUUUAUUUUAUAU